CGGCCAGACGCGGUGGCGAGAGGUUGCUGUCGUGCGGCGCUCUGUGUGUGAGUGUGUUUAGUGAAAUAUCAAAUAAUAAGAAGUGAUAAACUAUGAUGCCAUCGAGAUAGCAAGUCUAUGUAAUCAGUGAACAAGGUGUCGAAGCUGUUGUGAAGCACUGAUAAAAAAGGGUUUUCUCUCGUUCUAUCGUCUGAGAAACCCUACACCCCCACUCCCCUCUCACUCACCCGACCCCCUCCCCUCACACACACGCCCAUCCCUCCCCACCUCACGCCCCCCGACGCCCCCAAGAUGGAGCUCCUCACCACGAAGAUCAUCGCCCUCACCCUCAUGGGCGUCCUCUCGCUCUUUUUCGGCCUCCUUCCUCUCCGCAUGAAGGCUUACAUCCACCACGCGAGCAAGAAGAGGGAGAGGAUUGUGAGCUGCCUCCUUUGCUUCGGCGGGGGAGUCCUUCUGGCCACCGUCUUCACCCACAUGCUUCCGGAGACUCGGGAGAACUUCUCCAACGCCUUCGCCAAGGAGGUCCUCACGGUGGGGGCCGACUACCCUCUCGCCGAGCUCGUCACGUGCGCCGGAUUCUUCCUGGUGUAUUUCGUCGAGGAAUUCGUUCAUAAGAUCUUCUUCCGUCGGGAUCACCAUCACGGCCGCAAGAUGACGAAACUCGCGGCGGCCAUCGAGGGUGAGAACGGCCACACGCAUCACCAUCAUCACCAUCACCACCACCCGCACUCCCACCAUCACCACCACGCCCACACUCACGCCCACACCAACGGAACCUCCCCCACGGAUGUCCAGCCGGUCAAACCCGACCCUGUACAGAAUGGGAAAAAGACCCCAGAGGCCGGGCGGUGUGCUGUGUACUCCAUCACGGGCGCUGUGGAUUCAUCUAGGGGCGUGGGCGCAGGCGGCGCAGGAGACGUCUCCUCGAAGACCCGGUGGGCGGAGUCUGGUGUCGAUAACCCGGUCUUUGCAGGAGAUAUUGAUGCUGUGACCUGGAACCCCGAACUCAAGGAUUCUAUUACCAACGGCACGCAGGUGGUGCCUGUGACGACCUCGUCCAGCAGCGCCGUCCCCGAGGCAGCUGGACACGGCGGCCAUGGCCACGGCCACUCCCACCUCAAUAUUGGCAGACUCGGAAGCAAAGGCCUGGCCUCCAAUCUGCGCUCCUUGUUGGUCAUUCUUGCGCUGUCCUUCCAUUCCGUGUUCGAGGGCUUGGCAGUGGGCCUCCAGGAGAAAGAGGUGGACGUGUGGUACCUUUUCGGAGCCAUCUGCGCGCACAAGUUGGUUAUCGCCUUCUGCAUGGGACUGGAGCUCCUGGUGGCGGGCACAGUGGUAGGGCUCAUGGUAGUCUACAUGGUUGUGUUCGCCCUCGUGUCGCCGCUGGGGAUCGCCAUCGGGAUCAUCGUCACGGAGAACAUCACCUCCAGCGACGGAGGACAUCUGGUUGCCGUGACCAUCCUGCAGGGCCUCGCGGGCGGGACCAUUCUUUACGUGACGUUCUUUGAGGUGCUGGAGCGAGAGCGCAACCACGGCGGCGGGAGGCUCAUGAAGCUCCUGUUCAUCGUGCUCGGCUUCGGCGCCAUGGCUGCCGUGGAGGCCGUGGGAGGGCACUCGCACGGCCCCAGCGGCCACGGACACAGCCACGGCGGGCGCUCGCACGGCGGCGGCGCGUCCUCCCUCGGCCUGGAGGACGACUUCCACGACCACGACGAUCACCACGACCACGAACACGACCACGGGCACGACCACCACGACCAUGACCACCACGGUCAUGAUCAUCACGGACACGACCACUAAGGCUGACAAGCCUUUGUGUAGUGUAAUCUAAGGACUUUGGUGUGUGUUGUCGUUCCUACGCGAGGGAACGACAUCAGCUGGUCGUUCUCCUGACUGCAAGGGAGCGAGGCGACGACACUCACUUCCCUGCUGUGGCUGUGAUCCAAGGACUUGAAGUGAAAAGCCAAAAUUGGAAACUAGGAAGCGAGCAGCGACAGACGCGAGUGGCGAGUGAUCUCGGCCAUGUGAUCAUCCUGUACCAUAUAAGAUUAGUGCCUUAAGGAGAAUUUUAAAAAAGAACAAUUUCUUCUCUCUUUUUUCUCUCUCUGUGAGAAUUCAAUUCUUCCUGAAAUAUAACAGUGCUGAAAGAAACAUCUAUAUAGAUAA